CCACCUCAUGACGCCCUCUAUUGGUUUGCAGAUCCCCUGGAAACAGCCAUGGCCAGGUUUAAAAACGUCAAUUGCCAGGCAGCGAGUUUCUCCUUCAACACUCUGGGAUGGAUCUUAGCCAUGACCUGCAUGGGCCUGGCCGAGUGGCGGGUGUGGCACAUGGAGAGCAGCGCCCCCUCCCGGGGGCUGGCCUGCAUUGGGAUGUGGAGGGUCUGCACUUACCAGCACAACCGCCCCCAGGGCAGAGUCAUAGCCUGUCACCGCUACAGCUACAGUGACACCUACCUGCCGCUGGACAUCCGCAUCUCCCAGAACCUGCUGCUGGCCGCCUGCCUCCUCGGGGUCCUGGGGAAAGUGCUCACGGUCACGGGCCUGCUGCGAGUGUACGCGGGACGGCUUCAGAAGGACACCACCUGCAAUCGGUUCGUCGCUUCCGGAGUCCUGAGCAUCAUAGCGGGGGCAUUUAUCCUCACUGCUGUGAUCUGGAACCGCCACUCCGUGUUGCAUGAAGAGGGCAUACGCUUCCCACCAUCCUUCCACAUCCCCUUCAGGCCGGACCGGCAGGAGAUGGGCAGCACCGUGCCCGUGGCCGUUCUGGCUGCCUUCCUCCUGCUGUUGAGUGGGCUGCUGACCAUCUCUUUCCAGCUGCCCCGCAACAUCCAGGUGUACCCCGAAGUCUCCCAAGUGUGAAAUUCCCGGUCGCAUAGCUUUGGGAAUCCAUGAGAGCCGCUGAUGGGGGUGCAGGGUUAGCAGGCUGCUCUGUGAAAUAGC